AUGGCGGACACAAGUUCACCAAAUCCAAGCAGUGAACCCGAGAAACCGGCGGCUGAAUCAUCUGAUUCUUCUGCUGCUGAAUUGCAAAAGACGAUUGCAGAUGCUUUUGACAUAUUUGACCACGAAUCUAACAAGACUGUUGAUGUUAGGUACGGUAAAGUUUCUGCUGAGGUUUCAUCUUCCAACAGCUGUGCUGGGAAAGUUCUCUUUAGUUGUUCAUAAAAUACCGUAAUUUGUGGUUGUGGUUUAGGGAAGUUGGAACCAUUGUAAGAUCCUUGAAGUGUUGCCCUACAGAAGGAGAGCUUCACGAUAUCCUGGCAGAGGUAAUUAAUGUGGCUUGUUUUGAACUGAAGAAAUGUUUAUUUUUUAUUUAGCCUGCGUAGCGAGCGUUUCCUCGUGAGGUUCGUCUAGAAAGCUGGGACAAGAGCCAAAAAAAAAUGAAUGACGGGGGAGGGGGAAGAGAAUGAAGGAACCGUUUGCCCGCAAACCCCACGAUUUUGAAAAACUGCGUUCGCCCACGAACGCAGCUUCUGAUUGGCGCGGUGCGGGUAGUGUUGAUUACUUUGCAUUCGAAACAUCAAUCAAACCAGGUAUGCUUUGUUUUCGUGCGUCACAGAUCUGGUCUCAUCUGAUUUGUGGUCGCAGAUUACAAAUGUUUUGGACUGAUAUUUAUUGGAAUCGUGUUUGUGUGAAGUUUAUGAGAUCAGAGUCUUCAAAGUAUAAUUGGAGAGCGAGCAGUGGAGACUAGGCUGACUAGGGAAGGCCAAUUUAUUGAGAAUGACGGCGUGCGGAUCUGACUGGAAAAAAUGGACUGUUUGUUGGAGAUAACAUCAACAUGAAUCACAACAUCGAUACUGAUCGACAUUAGCUGAAGCCGCCAUGGACAAGCGACUUGUCAGCUUUUUGAAAUGAAAAGAUUCUUUUUGUUUAUUGGAAAUUUAGCGGCAUCUAAUGUAGAGAACGUUUCGACACAGGCUGAAGAGCAGCCGCUCUGCAAAACUUAUACCCGGCGGAGUGAAUUGUUGCGGACAGAUCAUUUUUGACGUGUCAAUAAGGUUUCAGGGGAGAUAAAGCCACACAAUAAAAAACAAGAAAUUCUGCAGCAAUCGCUCAUAGUUUUAACUUUCUUUUAUCGUAAAUCUCUUUUAUUACAGUUCUUGCAAUCACCUGCAACGUGUUCUAUUAGAGAACAAAGUAAUUUUACAAAUCUGGUAAUCCAGGGAUAAUCUGUUCGUUAUGUUUCUAUUUUGACGAGCUGUCAAUUUACAAAUGAACCGAACCAUGAAAUAUCAAGGGGCGUUUUCCAGAAUUGUGGGGUUUGCGGGCAAGCGUUUCCUCUUCUCCCCUCCCCCUCCCCCUUCAACCUUUUUUUGCUUCCACUCUAACUUUCGCGUAAUAACUCGAUUGGAAACGCUUGCUACGCAGGCUAUUUUUUAUUUGGUUAUAUGUAGCUCAGUCAAUUCCAAGCGUACUCAUACCCGCCCCUCCCCACCCGGGCAUUUGUCGGCCAUUUGUCAUUUGUUUUGGAAAAGCUGCAAAUGCCCCACGGUGGGGCCGGGCGUUCAUACAAAAACCCCACGGCACGGUGGGGCAUAAAAAUAGGGUGCAAAUGCGCCACCCCGGGACAACACCAAAAUUGUAUUUUCCAGUAUUAAAAAUAAGCUGGAAAUACCAUAUUCAUGGGAAAAUCUCUGAUAAUCUAAGCAAAAUGCAAAAAGUGCGCUACGCAAAUCACCCCUAUAUAGCUAGCCGCUAGAUAUAUUUAUUGCCGAAAAAAUCACAUCCAUCUGAUUAAUAUCAAUAACAGAACUGUAAACUAGAGUUUUUAUUGAUACCUUAUCUUUUUGUUUAAUACAGUGAAUGAUAAACAAAUAACUGAUGAGCUUAACAUGCGUAUUUUCUCAUCAUGAUGGAACCGUUUUGUCCACAUUAUUGUCGCAUUGAUCGUACAGAACAGGAUGUUUAUAUAAUAUUAGCUUUCAAAUAUCUUGCAAGGUUUUUCUUGGUCUUCCUUCCUCAACCAUUCACACACAAAGAAAGUGCCUUUUCCUUUAAACUCUUCGGAAGAUACAUAUUGAUCUUGUUUUUCCUCCAUGUGCGAACUGAUCACAAUGGCGGGAAGCAAUUUCUUAAACGGAUGCAAAAAAUACUGUGGGAUAAGGAAGUGAUGGAGUGAAAACCACACAUAUCUCUUUAAACCAUAACUAUUAAAAAUAUUCUUCAUAGAAAUAUCUAAAGCUGUCUAAAUAGGCAUGUUUUUAAGUGAAAUAUUGAAAAAGGAACGACCUUAACCGCUUAUAGAAGAAUUGACAAAACCCCCGGGCAGAGGUUUUCUGACAAAUUCCCCACUGCUGGGACCGACAAGAUGACAAAUGACCGACAAUAUUGCCCGGGAGGGGGGGAAGGGUUUGGCAUGUACACGCUUGGAAUUGACUGAUCAGCCGUUAGGGUUUAAUAUGGUUAAAUUGUGUGAGGACUGAAGUUUUCUUUCAAUUUUAGGUAGAGGAGGAAGAACCAACAGGUUAUAUAAGAUUUGAAAAAUUUGAACCAGCUAUGUUAAAAAUACUUCUGGAAAGAAGGUGAGGCAAAUUUAUUAUAAACAUUGGUUUACUUUAAAUUUUAUUUUUUUUGGAGCUUGAUUAAAGUAGGGAUUUUUUGGGGGUAUUCAAAACAACCUGAGGAUUUGUGAUAGUUAUAUUAUUUGAUGUUGUCUGGACAUUUUUAUGGCUUGGAAAUUCUGCAAUUUUGGCCCAGGCAUUUUUUUGGUUUUAUUUGAAGCCCAAAGGACUUUUUUUGGUUUUUAUUUUUGCCCCCAUUCUAUCAUCCCUGUCACUUGAAAUCCAGAGUACCCCCUCCUGGGGGCUACCGGGAUAUUGAUUAAAAUGGUAAGAACAGAGCCAGAGAAAAGAGGUUUGAGACCUAAGAGUGAGAAGAAAAUUCAAGUUUUUGAACAUUGGCAGCCAGAUGGGGACUUCUUAAUAGCUGCUAAUAAAUAGUGGCAACAUAGUCAUAAGAGAUCCUCUUAAUUCUCAUUAAAAAAUGAAAACAUAACAAGCACCUGUUACUUGGCUAAAAAGAUGGAAAAAAGGGCGGGCAAGGUGAAUGGGCUGCCUGAAAAAACAGGCUUGGGUUUCAGAAAGUAGAAAUGUCUAUAUAUAUGAUCAUGCUGCUUUAACUUAAACCCAUCUUGUUUCCUUUUUGUUUUUGUUUAAGGUACAAACCAGCACCUGAAGAUCAAAUAAUGAAAGCAUUUGAGGUUCUAGAUCAGGAAAAUAAAGGAUACCUUACUACAGAAGAACUGACAAAAUAUAUGAGUGAAGAAGGUCAUGAUUUUAUUUGUUGCUCCCCUCAUUAUCCUUCCUUUUCUCAAGGCUCGGCUGUGGCCGACCUAGUAGUUAGUAUGGUAAAUGCCUUGAACUUUCUUUUUUUAUUUUUUUUUUAUUUACAACUUUCUUUCUUUCUUUGUACGGGUGCAUCUCUCAGAGACACACAGUCAGUAAGUGCUCAUUCACUGCAUUAAUAAAAAGGCUUGGCUUAUACAUUCAUAUAUAUUGAUAUCAUUACUACUGUUAUUAGUGCAUGCCUUAUUAUUAUUAUAGGAAAUUAACACCAUGUGAUUUUGGUCUCAGUUUUCACUUUAAUUCUUUUUCUGUUGCUACUUUUAAGCAUUUUUAUCAGCAUAUUAUUCUGCCUUGAUGUAUGAUUGUUACAAAAUAUGUUCUGAAGUUCUGAGCCCAAUAAUUAGCUGUCCUUUUUUUAACAGGUGAACCCUUUACUCAAGAAGAAAUGGAGGAAAUGUUAUCUGCAGCAGUUGAUCCUGAUAAAGGAAUAGUGUUUUAUAAAGACUUUGUCUCAAUGAUGGUAGUUGAGGAUGUGUAACAAAACUAUUAAGAGACCCAGUUGUAAUAAUGUUUAAUGGUGUAUCGCAUCUACAAAAUUUGCCUACGUUUUUUUAUCAAAUCUGCUUUAUCUGAAAUUAUACUGACAUUCACCUUAAUCACAGGUUUUAGUUUAUUAUUUGGACUUAACCCUUUAGGUCCCAAGAGUGACCAAUAUCAAUUUUCUCCUAACCACAUAAGGAGAUCAUUAAGGGUAAAGGUUAUGAGAAUAAUUACUAAAUUGAUUACCAAAGGGGGAAUGCUUUGAUCUUAAACCAAAUUCUCUUAACUGUUUUUAAAAGAAAUGUAUGGAGAUUUUUCUGGAGAAUUUGUAUGUGGAUCUUGGGGCUUAAAGGGUUAAUUUUGCUGUACAUACAUGUAGGAAAAAAAGUUGUUGUAAAUAAUCUUUUAGAGAUAAGAUCAUGUAAAUAGUUGGUGUGUACUACAAAAUAUUAUUAAAACUGCAGUACAACUUUAGCAGUAAUACCUUUGGUCCUAUUUUAUGGGAUAUAGAAAAACAUAUUUGGAGACUUUCAGAUGAAUACUUUUUUAUCUCCAGUGUAGGUUGUACCAAAUCUCCUAUUAUUAUUUAUGUGGAUCAUCAGCACAAUGAAAUGACUUUUGAAAACUGUGAUUUCUUGGUUGACCCUGCAUGAAAAUCCUUUUUUAAGCCUGGGCAUCAACAUUCUCCCAAUUUACACUAUAUUUAAUAUAAUGAAUAGCAAAUGUCAGUUUUCUGAGAUUUCCUCCUGAAUUCCCUCUCUUCUACUGAAUUUUUCUCAGCUUUUCAAAAAGCUCUGGAUGGGCUUGACAGAAUUUUUCAAACUUUUUUAACAAGCUAGCACUUGACCCUGCCCAUUUUAAUAAUAUAAUGGGGUUGAAAAGAGUUGUUUUAGACUUGAUUAAUGGCUGCUGUUUUAACCUGACCAUUGCAUAACUCAAUAAUGUCUUGUCUUGUGUGAUGACUUGGGAACUAACUGAAAAAGUGAUCUUCGUCUUUAUCCGUAAAAAUUGAAAAUGCUUAAAAUUCAGCAAACUGAUACUCGUCAGACACGUAAUGCGUGCCUAUGCUUUCCUCAGAUCAGGGGUAGUGGGUAGGUUGGAUAUUUGGCGCCCUUCAAAAUGGCGGCUUUCCCUGAGCGUGAGUACAGAAAGCUUCUUACUGAUUCUCUGCUUAGUGAAGAGGUCAGUAACAGCUACACGUUAGACGAAUUCAAGGAUUUCUUUCCUAGAAAAUAUCGGUGAGUUUGAAACUUAAGGCUAGUGGCGGGUUUUGAUUGCAAGUAAGUUACUUUAUUCUUCAUCACGGCAUCGAAUUAGCUCGCCACAGGACACAUUUAAAAAGUUCUCAGUGGAUUCUGAGGAAGAUAUCGCCUGAGUAAUGUUGUUAGCACUGCCAAUGAUUCUUAGAAAACAAUCUAGGGAGAGAAAAACACGAAGUAGUUCGAAAUGCGUGUGCUCCAAAAUUGCAAAAAAAUACGCGCCAAAAUCAUCCCACUUCACCCGCUCCGUGGUUGUACGUGGCGGGGUUACUUGGAAAUAUUUGGAUGUCGUGUUCCGCUGGGGCUUGGAAACCUCUGCCUCGCAGACAAAUCUAACGCGAAUUUUUUCCCCUUUUUCUUCUUGCUGGCCUUCAACAAAACAAGGGUCGGAUCUCUUGGAUUUGAUCGGAUUCCAGAUUGGAUUGGAUUGCGGAUCGGAUCAGACUGUUAUUUCCACUUUUAGUGCAGAAGAAUUCUUAUGAGAACUGAUUUUUUUAAAUUAGCAACACAGGUGGCUUGGAAUGAAAAAAUCAGAGUUCUCCCAAUGGGAGUUGAACCAGUCCAUAUGCAUCUGUACAACGGUCAACUCCCUCAUGCCUAUAGCGACCACUUCUUGUAAGCAACCACCUCCUGUAAGCGACCACUUUCAAAGUAACAGUUUUGUUUCUCAGUCAAAUACUUUUUCAAAAACUCUUUUAUAAGCGACCACUACUUAAAUUUCUCGGAUAUUGUGUAAUUUGUACACCCCUCAGUAGAUAUACCAGUCGACAUAUCGACCGACACUCGACCAAUGUAUCAGUCAAUAUAUCAACCGAGAUGCCCUAUGACAAAAUCCACAAGCCCUGGGCUAUCGUACACGACUUGCUUUGCAUGCUGCACCACUUUGUCAUGCACCAAGAGUAGUUGCUUACGAGAGAGUUGUCUGUAGUAACUAGUAAAUUAUAGGUUCAACUCCUGUUGGGAGGACUUGGAUUUUUCCUCGCGAGCUGCCUGUGUCACUAAUAAAAAACAUUGUUUCUCAUGUAUCACCAGGGUUAAAGCUCACCUCUAGCUUUAAAAUCGCAAAGAGUUAGUUUUUACUGCACUAGGAAUUUUAUUUUGCAUAACUUCAUAAGAUUUCAAUCCCAAAAAUAGUCUUGUUCACAUGACAUAGCCCAUGAGUAUCUUGUUGCACUGAUUAUGUGUUUCUUUCCAUUUCUUGUGAAGUGGUCUUGUUAUUCACUGAGACUAAAUUGAAAAGUUCCUUUUUCAGAGAAGACAAUGAAUUAAGAAAUUGUGGGAAUAUGAGUAAGAAAGGUACAAUAGCAGGGUUGUCAGAAAGUUUUGAAGUAGACAGCUGAGUUGUCAAAGUAAGCAGCCAGUCUGGAGAUAUCUUGAUUUAAAAAGCCAUCCGUAAAGAAAUGCUAAGCAGAGUAGCUGACCGAUACUAGCCAAGUAGGCCGCGAUUUUCGCCAGCGGCCACCCACUUUUGACAACCCCUGAGAAUAGUGACGAUUUGGUGUCAAACGAACCGCCAGUGUGAUCCAAUCUGCAAUCUUAUUAAAUCCAAAAUCUGAUCCAAUCGGAGUGAGCCGAUCCUGGUUUUGCCGAUGCCCCACCCCCCCUCUCAGAUAAAAAGUGAAGGGGAUGCCAUCUAUUAGCUUUUAAACUCAGUGAUGCCAUCUCAGAUUAGAAGGUAUAAGCUGGCUAUUCCCCUCCCCACCCAAUUCCCCUAUCCACUGGUAUGGAGAAAAGUUUUCAAUGAGGUCUUAGUGGACCCUGCUGAUUUUUUUUAUCUUUUUUUAAAUUCAAGAGAUCACCAAGAUGUCAAAGUGUUAUAUGAAGCCUACCAAACAAAACGGAAGCUGAUAAGGGACAGAGUAGUUAUGAAUGUGAGGAUGCAUUGUAGAAAGAGAAAACAACAGGUUAGCUGA